CAGCUCGUUGCCAGUCUCGAACUCAACUCGAACGCUCCAAGUUGACCGCUCUCGAUUUUGUUCUCCAGCUACGAUAUUUAGUGCUUGCCUUUGUACUUUUCUGUUAUUGUUUUCGUUGCCUGUGCGUUUAAUAUUGCCAAACGUUUCAUUAACAUUGCUAAGAGUACAGUAAUUUGAAUUCCGAAUUUACCGUCUUAAAAUGAGAUUAAUAAUCUUGGAAACGAGUGAAUCGGUGGGCAAAUGGGCGGCCAAGUAUGUGAUGAAGCGCAUCAAUGACUUCAAGCCGGGACCAAAUAAAUACUUUGUGCUGGGUUUACCCACUGGAAGCACACCACUGGGCAUGUACAGGGCGUUGAUUGAGUUCCACAAGCAGGGCAAGGUCUCCUUUCAAUAUGUGAAGACCUUCAACAUGGACGAAUAUGUGGGAUUGCCACGUGAUCAUCCCGAGAGCUAUCACUACUUUAUGUGGCACAACUUCUUCAAGCACAUCGACAUUGAGCCCGCGAAUGUCCAUAUCCUGGAUGGCAAUGCACCCGAUCUCGUUGAGGAGUGCAAUCAAUUUGAGCAGAAGAUCAAAGAAUCCGGUGGAGUGGAAUUGUUCAUUGGCGGCAUUGGACCCGAUGGACACAUAGCAUUUAAUGAGCCUGGCUCAUCUUUGGUCUCUCGAACGAGGGUCAAGACGUUGGCACAGGAUACGCUCGAGGCGAAUGCUCGCUUCUUUGACAAUGACAUGAACAAAGUGCCCAAACAGGCGCUCACCGUGGGAGUUGGCACCGUAAUGGAUUCGAAUGAAGUCAUGAUCCUAAUCACGGGAGCCCACAAAUCCUUUGCUCUCUACAAAGCCAUCGAGGAGGGCGUCAAUCACAUGUGGACCGUGAGCGCAUUCCAACAGCAUGUGAACACCUUAAUGAUCUGUGAUGAGGAUGCAACGUUGGAGCUGCGCGUGAAGACGGUUAAAUACUUCAAGGGAAUACUAAGAGAUACAGACGAAGGCGCCUCCCAGGAAGGUUACACAAAUUUUAAAUAGCCUGAUGGAUGUGCAUGCCAAGCUGAUUGAACAGCAAAAGACAACGUAACUUAAGAUGUGACUACGCUCAGCCAGGAUGGAUUCGGAUCCACACGGAGAGAGCAACAAAUUGUUUAUGAAUUUAUACAAACUUAUACUUAUGUUUAGUCUUUAUAACGAGGAAACACUGUGCGUUGUAUAUUUGUUUAUAUGUGUAUAUAAAGAGACAAAUCCUAACAACAUC